UUGACAUUUACUUGACAGUUCACCCGAACUUAGACCUUCGUGGUUUUCCCCCUUUUCCCCUUUCCUAUGUUAUUGAUUUUAUCAGUGCAUCUAUAAAUAAACCAGCUCGCGAAUCUGUUACCACCUCGCCCAACAUGCCUCCGCCUACCAUCGUGGAGCUGCGGCCCGACCGUCGCUUCAUGGACAUCAAUUUCGAAGGUUACAAACUGAAUUUGAACCCGCUACCCCAUUGGGUUCGUACCUUAUCUACUCCAGUCGACAGGGUCUACCCUGACGAGGUCCAAUACUCCUUUGUGCACGCCAAACUCUUUGCUCUCCACAACCACCUAGUCCCAGACUUGUGGGACCACGGGUUCACGUUUUACUACGUCGAUGGCAAGCAACAAGUGAGACGCAUCGCUUUUGACAGUGAUAGCCAUGUGAUAGAGGAAAAGGUGGUCUAUGAUAUCCCGGCUCAUGUACAACGCGCUCCUGGCCACUUCAAUCUGUCUGUUUCUUUCCCAAAUGCAACUAAUGCUUUUAUUAGUGAUGGCACAGGCUACCUGCAUGUUGCUAUAACUGGUAUUCGAGGCUACAACAGUGAUGGAGCAUGGAAAACUCUGCUGUCUGAUUUGGUGUUGGAUGGAAAGUACUUCGUGAUUGUAGACUCGCGGGCGCAACCUAAAGAUGAGAAAAUAGUUUUGAAUGCACUGUUACUGUCAGUUGAUCAUGAUGAAAGUCACUUCUUUUCUGUCCUGACGUGGGUCACGUAUGAGGAAGACAAUGAUGUUUGGAAACAGACAAGUUUUCGCCAGUUGAGCGGUAAAGGAGUUGUACAUUAUGCAGCCAUCGAAACUAGCUUUGAGGGUGUUUACAUAUCAUCUGACAACCCCUUCAAAUUCAUAACAGACUCUGUGAAAGAAAUAGAAGAAGAUCCAAAACCAACAGAACCCGUCAAAGUGAUCUACACAUGGCUACAAACUAUGGACGAUGUAACCGUAACUAUAAAACUUCCAGAAAACUACCAAAAGAGCUUAUUCCACGUAAAUGUAGAGCCGAUGUUCGUGAAAAUCUCAUAUGCAGGCACUCCAUUCAUAGAAGGCAAACUAUUUGACCACGUUGACACAGAGCUAACUACAUGGGACAUUGAACCGGAAGGGAACGUAGACAUUCUAUUGACGAAGACUGACAGUCGAAUGUGGGAAGAGUUUAUAGAAGGAGGAGACCCGAGCGGGGAGCAAAUAAUGGAUCCGAGCCUGGUGGAAGACGCACACCGGAAGCUCGCACAUCUGUGCUCAGAGACGGAGCUGGCGGUGGAGGCUCCUCCGCCGGCCGUCGCCAUGCAGGAGCUGGAGGAGUGUGAUGCAGGGUCAGAGGAUACCAUUCUAGCCCGCUACGACAUAACUCUCCACAAAACAACCCACCGCACCCCGCUCAGCGUGCACCAGAUCCUGUUCCACCUGCCGCUGCACGUGGGCGACGCGCCCGCCGUGGCGCUCAGACACGAGGUGGACGCGUGCGUGUGGCAGCCGUACCCCAAGCUGCUGGUCCGCGACUCCUGGCCGCUGAAGCAUGUGGGCACGCUGAAGGCUUUCGGCUACAUCCAGUCGUCGAAACAGAACAAAAAGUUCGUAACCUGCGCCCCAGAUUGCUCCUACAGCGUGGUCUGUGAAUCUUCCCGCCAUAUUCUAAUAUACAGAGACAAAGGUUCACCGGAAACGACGCUACGUCACCGAAAUGGCGGGAAUUCUCGAAACGUCUCGCUCGGGCAACAGAACGUUUUGAACACAGACAAAUAUGGCGAGAUUCUGGGCAUUUACGCAGCGAAUAAUUAUCUGUUUUUGCUGGCCAAAAAUACGUUUAUUGCUAUCGAGUUGAUGUAAUUUUGUGUUGUUGUUUGUUAAAGUGUAUUGUUAGUUAAGUGUUUUGUGUCGAUGUAUGUAAAUAUUGCGUUUUUAUUAGGAACUUUUUUUUAAGUUGCGAAAUGUACUGUUUUAUGACAGCUCAUUUUAAAAAUCAUUCAUAGAUGGCCAUACUAAGUUUUUUUUAUUAAAUUAUAAAUGAUGUUUUAUGAGCUGUCAUAAAACUUACCAUGAAUUUAUACCAUUGUUUAAUGGUGUUUGUAUAUUUAGCUAAUUACUUAUUAAAUUUUCAGGAUGUUCUACUCAUUUUUGCCAAAUAGUCUAAUGAAUUGCUGCGAAUUUGUUACAAAAUUAAUACUAAUUUUAUUUGUUAUCAUAGCCCACUUUGCGAAUGAAUGCUGAUUUGAUAACAUCCUGUAUUUUUAAUAGCCUACAUUGCAUUUAUUAUUGUAUAAGUAUAGAUAAACGAAUUUUGGAACCCAACGUAGUCUUCAGAUUUUCUUUUAUUUUCAAUAGAGGGCGUUAGCGUCAACGGGCAACCAAAAGUAGGGCAUACAAUGUAAAAGCUCAAGAAAACCAAUUAUAGACGGCGUUGUUAACAGCAACAAUACUUGCUCAAGGUUUAAUGUAUACGUACAAAUUGAUAGCGAUUCGGAAGGCAUCAAAUUUUAAUUUAAUAAGAAAUCCAAGUUAAUAGCUUAAAAUUAUUUGUUUAAAAUUUGACUCUAUGAGUGUUUCCGUAAGGGCUUGUUUCAAAAUGUCAGGAUGCUGUCACUCUCUGUAAUUAUGUUUUAGACAGUGACAGCAUGUCUUAUGCCUUAUCCCUGAAGUACCCACAUUGUGAAACAGGCGUAUAGUAAAUAGUUCUUAUUUUUGACUUUGUACAUAUUUGUUUUUUGGCUUAUUCAAUGUUGAUACUAUACUCACAUGAUAAGUGGAUUGUGCUGGUACAAUACUAACUUUUUUUUCCAUAAGUAAGUAUAGGCUGGUGCUAAUGUUUAUGUUUUGCGAAUGUAAAUGUAUAUUAGGUACCUAUUUAAAUCUUUAUUACCUAGUAUUCAAAUUCAGUACAUACUAAAUAACCCUUUUUUGUAUACAGGCUGUUAUUUAAAGAACUUGCUUAAGUAAUGAUAAUAAUAAGGAAUCGAAUUCUUAUAAUAAUAUUAUUUUGCCAUUUGCCCCAAUUUCUAUCAAAUUUGUGAUUACUACUUUCUUUCAUUAUCACAUUUGACCAUUAAUUAUUCCCCUUCUGUGUAAAAGCUACUACCAAAAUAUGUACCUAUUUUGGGUACAGUAAGGGGCAGAUAAACCUGACCCC